AACAGGGGGAGUCGAAUACUGCGUUUCGGCUUGGCAGCCACAAAAGCUGGCAGAGGGCUGUGAAACUUGUGUCGAGUGGGCCUGACUGAGAGAGACGGGCGUCGGGCGGACUGGAAAGAGAGCAAGUACGCUAGUCGAGUGGCUCGUGACCGAACCACGGAGGCUAGCAGAUGCUGGUCCAGAAGGCUACUAACAGGAUGAAGAUAGUCCACCACGUGGGCCCACAGGGAUUAGGAGUCAGUGAGAGGUAAACAGAUUAGUCCAGAAAAAGAGCCAGCGCUUUUAACCUCAUCACUCCCCUUCACACCCUGCCUGGAGAGCAUCUUCCACCCACUCGCACACUUGAGACUAAACUGUACCCGAGAACCUGUGCCAUCAUCUGUCAGGAAUACCGCCCAACGUACAGUGGUGCCCACACACAGCCCCGUCCAUGGAAACCUGGACACAUAGUCGAUGGAAGCUAACUCUUUCUCCCUCGGAUGUCAGAUAAGUCAAUACGGACUGUCUAUUCUGUCCAAAUGAGCAACUUUACAUCCAAAAGGACAUAAUCUACUGCAACAUGCCAUUGAAAACAGGAUUAUUCCUCAUUCUGUUCUUGUUUACCCUCCAAGCUACCAGAAUCAAAGAACUCACGGCUGACGACUUGAUUCUCAGGAUCAGAAAUGUGAAGUACAGGCACUUCCUGGAGACUCCACAGCCAAUCAAACAGUCGACAGAUGGCAGAGAUUCACUUUCUCUAAACGGGCAUCGAGCAAAGAGAUCAGCGCUGUUUAGUACGGGGGUGAAAGUCUGUCCUCAGGAGAGUAUGGCGGAGAUCAUCACCAGCCACAAAGCCUACUACAAACUAAGAGUUUGUCAAGAAGCUGUGUGGGAGGCCUUCCGGAUCUUUCUUGACAGAGUUCCUGACACCAUGGAGUACCAGCAGUGGGUGUACGCCUGUCAGAGAGACUCGCUAUGCAUGGAGGAUCUGGCCCGAAAUUUUAGUAGCACACAGGAGCAUCUUGACAUGGUAGCCAGAAGAGUGGAUGCUCAAGAUGAACAGGAGAGGGCUGUGACACCUGCACUAGGCGAGAAAUGUUCAAAGAGUACUGCUGAGCUUGUCAUCAUGGAAUCUGACAGCGAAACUGGGGCACCAGAUGCUGUCCCUCAGAGGAUGGGGGAGCACAUUGUGGAGUUCAGCGUGACUGUAGUAGACCCCGUCUACAGCGCAUUACUGAGGGAUCCAGGCAGCCCUCAAUAUGAAAACCUCACUCGCAAUCUUCACGAGCAGAUGCUGCAUGUAUUCGAAAAACUUCCUGGGUUUAAAGAGAUUCGAGUGCUGGGAUUUAGAGCUGGAGGUGUUGCAGCGAGCUAUGCUGUAGUGUUUGAGACUGAUGGGACACAGGCCAUAGGUUACACAGACUCCACUGAUGGAUAUGGCAUAGAGGGAUUCCUGAAGAACAUGGUGGUCAAGGCGCUAAGUGAGGACACAUCACUUCCUGUGGACGUGCUUUCCCUAACUUUCGAACCAGACUCUUCAGGAGCAGACAAGCAAGAAAACCCGAGGUUCAGUAAAGAAUCGAGAUUUUUACCUGGGGAAAUGAGUACACAGUCCACAAAAGCCAACUCGGAGGAAACUAUUGUGCCUUCUGGAAGUGUGGGGAGCUUUUUUGGGGAUCUAGGCCCUGAUAGAACUCAAACAGUUUCAGGUUUGCCAAGAACCACUACAGUGGAUCCCCUAUCAAAAUUGUCUGAAGUCCUAGAGGAUGUAGGAAAUGAAAUUGUUGCAACGGCUCCAACACUGGACUUGGAAUCUUUUGAAGUGGCAAAAGCAUCUACUUCAGCUCAACCUGAAAUGGAUUUUGAUAUGACACCAGAGGCUAUUCCUGCAGAGGCAACAUCAUCAAUCUUGACAUCCCUAACAACUACUAAGCAAGCUCAAGAUUCUGUAUUUCAAGGAGAGGACACAAAUGGCCCCUCCAAACCUUUAGAGACCUCUACCGAAGGACUUCCUUUAUACCCUACCAUUUCAGUUGAUAGCCUGGAGUUGCCCCCUUCAGUUGACCUUAGUGACCACAUCGAGUCUCCAUCUGUCAAUGCCACCGUAGACACACUCCAUCCUGUUGGACCUACCACUCCAAAACCAAUUAUCCCAGAAGCUAUUCCCUCUGACCUAACGCCCACAGACGAUCUCAUUUCACACCUGAUCCCGGACAAUUUCCAAGAGGAAGGGGGACAGACACUCUGGACAGUUUCACUUCCCCCACAAGAAGGUAGUACAGAUAAUGACAGAGACAUACAAGAAGUUGUAGAGCAGUCUGAUGAGGACGAGACUCUGGACUUUGGGGGUGGAUUCCCCUCAGAGAUCGACGAGAAUCCACAAUCCGCGGGUCAUCCUCUAGGUUACGUUACCACUCCUUCGAUGAUGGCUUCUAACCAGGCCAAAGAGUUAGUGGUGUUUUUUAGUUUACGUGUGACUAAUUUGAUGUUUUCUGAGGAUCUUUUCAACAAGAGUUCCCCCGAGUACAAAUCAUUGGAGAACACGUUUCUUGAACUGAGGCAAUUCUCUGAACCAAGCGACUCGCCAAACCCCGAGGCCUCUAGUCAAGUGACUGAGAGAGAGCAGAAGAUAUUAGCCACAAUACCGCUCCUGCCGUAUCUACAGUCAAACCUGUCUGGAUUUAAGGAGCUGGAGAUUCUGAACUUUAAGAAUGGCAGUGUGGUGGUAAACAGCAAGAUGAAAUUAAACAAACCAGUUCCGUAUAAUGUUACGGAGAAGGUGCAGUGCGUGCUUGCGGACUUCUGCAAUGCAGCGUCGAAGAGACUGGAUAUGGAAAUUGACUCCCAAUCAGUGGAUGUGGAAGCAGCCGAUCACGUCGAUCCAUGUAAGUUUACGGCAUGCAACGAGUUCUCCCGCUGCGUGGUGAACACGUUAACCACAGAGCCCGAGUGUCUGUGUGAUCCGGGCUACAGCACAGUGGACGGCCAGCCCUGUACGAGCAUCUGUGACCUACAGCCGGAAUACUGCCUGAACGGAGGCCAGUGUGAAAUUAUACCGGGACACGGAGCGACCUGCAGAUGUCCCGUAGGUAAAUUCUGGCACUACCAUGGAGAACGCUGCAACGAAUUGGUGUCUGUGCCCAUUGACCCUCUCCUUCUCAUAGCCUGCAUGGUGGGAAGCCUCUCAGUGGUUUGUGCUGUGAUAGGCAUCUUGAUUUUCAUUAACAAGAAAUGCAUACGGACCAGAAAGAGCUUGAGACUUGUGCGUUCACAAUCUCCAUUCCCCUUUGGUAAUACUAUGAGAGUAAAUCCAGUUUUUGAGAAUGACGAUGGGGUCUUAACACAUGUGUCGAGCAUCCUCUGUCCCUUGAGCUCUGACUCAGCCUCCUUACAACACUCAGGCCAAGGCACAUUUCGAUCACUUGAAAGUAUACAACUUAGUAUUGAGAUCCCCAGACUCUACACCAGAAGAUCAGAAAAGUUAACAGCAGAAAUGGUUGACUUCCAUCACACACCUAACGAGACGUGGCAGAUGUCCAGCAGGUCCUCUUUCUGCGUUUUGAGAAGUCCCGAUAGUGAAGGCUUUGAAGUGACUGUUUUAUGAGGUCCAGACACUUUUUUAAGCUAAGCAAGGCACCAAAGCUCUUCAGUGCUAUUCGAGCAACUCAACUUUGCUGGUUUCUCGUAGACAUUUGUUGAGUUUGAUACAUACAACCGCUCUACUCAAGAAUCAGCCAUAUUCUUGGACAACUGAAAUAAUACCUUCGAAUGGGGACAUAUGAUUUAGAUCAGUCCUGAAGUUAUUGUUUAAUUGUACCUGGAAAAAAAAUGUAAAUUGUAUAUGAGACAUGUAAUGUGUUGGAUGCUUUGAAUCCUUGUCAAAGGUAUGUUUCCUUCCUCACAAUGAGGUAUUUAUUUACAAUUGAUACAUUGGGUUGUAUCUUAAAUAGAAAAUAGAUUCUAGCCAUCUCUUCUAGAAAGAAAUUCUUCUUCUACAAAGAAAUUGAAUGUAACGUAUUUCUGUAACUCUUAAUUGUAUCACUUGUGGAAAAAAGACAAAAAUACAGGUGGGGAUGAUAUCUUUGUUUUUACAAUAAACAGAAAAAACAUUCUAGAAUAUUUCA